AUGCCGCUUACAUUGAAAGUUGGACAAUUAUUGAAAGGGAAGACUGGCUGCUAUGAGAUCAUCAAGCAGUUGCAAGAUUCGCAAGUCAUCGUCAAAUAUGCAGACCACUGGCGGAUACGAAACGAGCGAGAUGUCCUUCUCCGAUUCCAGACCCGGACACCUCGCGUUCGACCUUUGCUCGAUGAAGUGGAAGACGGGUCCGGCAACCCCAUUCUCAUCCUGAGAUUCCUGGCCGAAGAUGCACUGCACACUCUCGAUCGUCGUCAAUUCUCUCGAAGUGAGGUCAAGCGCAUCGGUAGAGGCGUGUUGGAAGCUCUAAAAGCCCUGCACGAAGCUGGGUUUGUCCACACUGACGUCAAACCCAGCAAUAUUCUCCUGGACUUCGAUUCGAAUAGUAAGCAAGUCACCGAAGUGCAGCUAGCGGACUUUGAGAGCACAGUCGCCGAAAAUUCUCAACACGCAAUAGACGGCGAUGCGAUUGGUACAGCAAUCUUUAGAAGUCCGGAAGCACAUCUACAGAUGUCGUGGAGCACGCCGACGGACAUAUGGUCAUUCGGUGCGACACUGAUCAGUCUCCUCUAUGGCGGUGGUUUCCACAUAUUCAGCCCGGGUGUGCCGGUCGAGGACGAUGUUUACGAUCUCAAGAUCUUGAUGAAACACCAUCAGUGCUUCGGACCAUUCCCCAUAUCGUACGAUGAGAUCGCAGAUGAAGGUCGGCUUGGAGUUUUGAUGUGGAUCAUGGAGAACACGCCGAAAGAGUCUCUGAAACCCUUCGCUCGAACAACGAUUCGCGAGAUCUGCGAGGAAGACAAGAAGUUCGUCUUGAGGAUCAUGAAGCUGGAUCCUCGAGAUCGGCCGACUGUUGGACAAUUGCUGGAAGACGAGUGGUUCAGGCAUGUCUGA